CCACACACUCCACAACCCCUCCUCCCCCCCUUCUCUCCGUCUGUGUCUUUAUCUUCGUAGGAUUUGCUGGCACCGCAAAACCCUAGUUAUUUCAUCAAAGCUGUGUCGGCUUAUUCGAUGCAAUCCUGCACCGCCAAACCCCCAAUCAAUCUUAAGGAUGAUUUGUGAUCAAGAAACAAAAGCGUUUCUCAACCUAUAGUUUUACAGAGGUUUUGAUUAGGUCAAGUUUUAUUUGAAUUUUUGCAAUGGAUCGCCGGGACACAUCAGGUUUUGUCAGCGGUGGACUAUGGUCAUUUCGGCAGUUUUAAAGUGACCAUUUUUCUUUUCCAAUUUUUUUCAGCUAUUCUUUUCCAUUUGUUUUAGACCCUUAUAAGUCUGUAAAUCCAUUGCUUUGUAAAUUUAAGUUGGUUUGGGCUAUCUAACCGUGUGUUCAUACUACAUGGACAAGGCCCCUGUACAUUGUAGUGCUAAUUUAGCCGAAGUGUCAACUGAUCUGAACAAAUUUGUUAAUGUUCAAUCAAGUGACUUUGCAAGACCUGUAUUAGGGUUGGAUUCCUAUGGUGUUGCAAACUCUUAUUUUUCCAGGGGAAGCAAGAGAAAAUGGGGAAUGGUUGAUGGAUCUUCUUUGUUUCUUGGUUUGGGCCACUCGUCAAGUUCUUGCACUACAAUGUCACCUGGGAGAGAAAUGGAAGAGGAUUCUUCUAUUCAUCUUGGUCUAAGUAUUGAUCUUCAGCUCGGAAAUCAUAGGGCAAAUUAUGCAAAUCAGCUUCCCUAUAUCACUGCAAAAGCAUAUGAAGCGAGGAGGCCUGAAGUAGAUCUGGAGUUGAGUUUGUCAACUGGACCUGCUGAAUCAGAUGUUACUACCAUUACACAAGGAUCCAGUCCUCAUAAGAAUAAAAUAGAACCUCCAGCUUCGGUGGCUACAGUUCAACUUGUGGAUGAAGGAUCAACAUCAUCUCGAUGGAAAUGCGGGCCACUUGUGCCUCCUGUGCAGAGUUUGGGGACCUUUGCUCUGGGUGACCAACUCAACAGCUGUAAUAAUCCAACUCCGCUCACAACAAACAUCUCAUCUGCCUCACUGGCAACUCCUAGAAACUCAGUUUCCUGUGCUUCUGGGGCAAUUCCUCAGCCACAGCGACGCAUCAAUGUGAAAACUUGUAGGUUUGAAGGUUGCGUAAGAGGAGCAAGAGGUGCUUCUGGCCUUUGUAUUGCCCAUGGGGGUGGCAGGAGGUGUCAGAGAGCUGGAUGUCAGAAGGGUGCUGAAGGCAGGACUGUAUUCUGUAAGGCCCAUGGCGGAGGUCGGCGCUGCCAACAUCUUGGAUGUACUAAGAGUGCUGAGGGGCGUACUGACUUUUGCAUUGGUCAUGGUGGUGGUAGACGCUGCAAUCAUGGUGGCUGCACUCGUGCUGCAAGAGGUAAAUCCGGUUUAUGCAUUCGUCAUGGGGGUGGCAAAAGGUGCAAAAUGGAAAAUUGUACCAAGAGUGCUGAGGGGAUUUCUGGCCUCUGCAUCUCCCACGGUGGUGGCCGUCGUUGCCAGUAUCCUACCUGUGCAAAAGGUGCUCAGGGCAGCACAGUGUUCUGUAAAGCACAUGGUGGCGGGAAAAGGUGUACCUAUUUGGGAUGCACAAAAGGUGCAGAAGGGAGUACACCUUUAUGUAAAGGACAUGGUGGGGGUAAGAGGUGUACAUUUGAAGGGUGUACCAAGAGUGUGCAUGGGGGUACAUUAUUUUGUGUAAGUCAUGGUGGGGGCAAGAGGUGUUCCAUGGCUGGUUGCACAAAGAGUGCACGGGGACGCACAAACUUCUGUGUUCGUCAUGGUGGUGGAAAAAGGUGUAAACAUGAAGGAUGUACUAAGAGUGCCCAAGGAAGCACCGACUUCUGCAAGGCACAUGGGGGAGGCAAACGAUGCUCCUGGGAACAAGUGGGAUCUGAGUUUGGUGGUCAAGCUACUGUUCCGUGUGAUAAGUUUGCUCGGGGAAAAUCUGGCCUUUGUGCUGCCCACACUGCCCAGGUGCAAGAAAAACUUGUUCAUGGUGAUGGUGUUUUGAUGGUUCCCAUACUUGAAAACCGGCUUUUCAGCAAAAUGGAAAGGAUGAAAGGGGUAUUUGCGGUUUCCAGUGGCACAGAUUCUACAAAUAGGGGAGCAAUUUCAGUUGGCAUGAGUAGUCAUGGACAUAAAGACGCAUGCUGCCGGAUGCCACCACAAGAUAAUUUAGAUGAAUUUUCUCUUCCGGAGAGUAGGGUACACGGAGGAAGCCUAAUGGCCAUGCUCAGAGGUGGCACAUCCUUUCAAACUGGCAACAGUACUGUGCAUGGUGAUGAAGUGGGGAGGCGAAAAACUUAUCCAAUAUCUGACAGCUGAGUGAAAGCAAAAUUUAGCUUCCGUUAUGUUCAGUAUUUGCUUGAGGAAAUGUUUUGUGUCAUUCUUCUGCAUGUCGACCUGUUACUGUGGAAGUAGAUCAUAAUUAUGUAGUACAUGAUGAUCUUUUGAGUGGUUGUUUGUAACAUGGGUAAAGUCCUUAUGACCUAAGCUCAGUCGUCCGGUAGUGGGGGGUUUACAGGGUUAAGUUUAUAGUACACUUUUCAAGCAUGGUGGCAGUUUUAGCUUCUAGGUGUAUCCUGUAAAUACUCAUUGUUAAACAGUAAUAUUGUGAAUAUUGUUUAUAUUUACUUAGUUGCAUUUA